AUGAAGACAAGCCGCCGCGGCCGAGCGCUCCUGGCCGUGGCCCUGAACCUGCUGGCGUUGCUCUUCGCCACAACCGCCUUCCUCACCACGCACUGGUGCCAGGGUACGCAGCGGGUGCCCAAGCCCGGCUGCGGCCAGGGCGGGCGCGCCAACUGCCCCAACUCGGGCGCCAACGCCACGGCCAACGGCACCGCCGCCCCCGCCGCCGCCGCCUCGGCGAGCGGCCCCCCUAGCGGCGCGCUUUACAGCUGGGAGACAGGCGACGACCGCUUCCUCUUCAGGAAUUUCCACACCGGCAUCUGGUACUCGUGCGAGGAGGAGCUCGGCGGGCUCGGUGAAAAAUGCCGCAGCUUCAUUGACCUGGCCCCAGCAUCGGAGAAAGGGGUCCUGUGGCUGUCAGUGGUCUCCGAGGUGCUCUAUAUUCUCCUGCUGGUGGUUGGCUUCAGCCUCAUGUGUCUUGAGCUUUUCCACUCCAGCAAUGUCAUCGAUGGGCUCAAACUCAAUGCCUUCGCAGCCGUCUUCACGGUGCUUUCAGGCCUCCUGGGAAUGGUCGCUCACAUGAUGUACACACAAGUGUUCCAGGUCACCGUGACCCUCGGCCCUGAAGACUGGAGGCCCCAUUCCUGGGACUAUGGGUGGUCCUUCUGCCUGGCGUGGGGCUCCUUUACCUGCUGCAUGGCAGCCUCUGUCACCACGCUCAACUCCUACACCAAGACGGUCAUUGAGUUCCGGCACAAGCGCAAGGUCUUUGAGCAGGGCUACCGGGAGGAGCCGACCUUCAUAGACCCUGAGGCCAUCAAGUACUUCCGGGAGAGAUGUGAAAUUGAAGCACAGAGAGGUGGAGUGACUUGCCCAAAGUCACACAGCUGGGAAAAGAGAGAUGGGAACGAGGAAGAGGACCUUCGCUUAGAUUGCCGCCAUGAGAGAUAUCCCACCCGACACCAGCCACACAUGGGGGAUUCCUGGCCCAGGAGUUCUGCACAGGAGGCACCAGAGCUGAACCGCCAGUGCUGGGUCCUUGGUCACUGGGUGUGACAGACACCCCAGCCUGGCUCCUGGACCUCAGGCCACCGCUGGCACCACUUACCUGCCAUAAGACCACUAGUCAGGCGCCACUGGAUAUCUGGCCUGUGUGCCGUCAGCUCAGCCAGCCUUCAUUGGAGAUACGGGGCCUGUCCUUCCUGCGGCAGCCUGGGUCUCAGAGCUCUGGGGCAAGGGAGUGCACAGGGCUGCCCAGGGCAACUUUGGGACAGCAACCCCUAACUCUUGCCACCACCACAUACAGAGCCCUGCUGGGUGCAGCUGGCACCAGGAAUGACACGGACACCAGCCACUGAAUGCCUGGAUGCCCACAGACCAGCCAAGAAGUUCAGGAGGUGCCCGGAGGUGCCCAGAGGUACAGAGCCUUGAGGGGGGCAGAGGGCAAGACUUCCUGAAGGAGGGACAGCUGUGCUGGCACUGCAGGGGGAGAGUCACCAGCAGGCACACAGCAGGGGCUCAAUAAAUGCUUGUUGACCUGUUUUAUAGCUGUGUGUGAAGGCCAGUUGCUCUUGGGGCUACUAGUUGCCCCACCUGCCAGCUCCUUGAGAUAGCCCUAGGUUUGCUGAGCUAAGGGGCAGACACUGAGGGUGUGGCAGGCAGGAGCCUAGAGCCAAAGCCGGGCCUGGGGGCAGGUGCAGGAUGGAGCCCAGCUGGCACGGGCUGCCUUGAAUUCCAGAGGGCAGGGAGAGGAGAGCAGGAAAUGUGGGUAGUCUGGAGAUGGGCCCUCAAACUCAAGCCCUAAGCUGGGAAGUUUGAGAAGCCACAUCUCUCCUGAGAGCUUAGCAAUGCCCUGACCCCCAUGGGGACCCUUUGCCCUGUGUCUGGGCCACCUUUAAAUAAAAUCCUAGGGCUUAGGUGCCUGGCGAAACAGUCCCUAUCAUAAAGAUGAGGAAUUUAGGGUUGCAGAAAUGAAGUGGAGCCCUAAGAGAUGAAGUAACUUGCCUAAGGCCACAGAGAGCUAGCAAAUGACAGAGCUGGAGUUCGAACCAAGACUCCCAAGAAAGAGUUCAAUGAUUUCCCAAGAGAGAUCGUAUCUUCCCAGACAGAUUUUUAGAGGUUUCCCUCAAUCAAAGCACUUUCUUCUCCUUCACUCAUCCAUAAAUCUAUCAUCCAUCAUCCACUCAUCCAUCUGUCAUCCAUCCAUCCAUCCAUCAUCAU